AUGUCUUCAACUUCGGAGAAUAACGGCCGCGCUUGGGAUGUCGAGUCCAAAGAAGCUAAACGUCUACUGGCAGAAGACCAAUAUGACGACUGCACAGCUUGCAGGGUCACAGGUUCCGCCGCAUUUAUUGGCCUCGGUGUCUACAGCUAUUAUACGGGAAUGAGCAAUUUGCAGAAGCAGGAGCGCGCGGUCAUGCAAGGCGCUACGAAAUAUAAAAUGGGCUCGCGGAGGCUAGGCAUUGCGACUAUCUCCGCCACACUGGUGGGAAUGGGUAUUUACAGGGCUUUUAAUUAA